AUGAAAACCAUCACUGUUCUUACCUUUGACGUGGAAGGUCGCGCGAUCCAGUUUGACUCCUGGCUAGAGGAUCUCCAGCUGUACCUGCAGAGCGUACCUAGGGAUGAUGUCUCUCUCUAUGAGCAUAUGUCAGGGUCCCUUCCUGCCUCAGACAAGUCUGCCCGCGUCGUUGCCGCCUCCGUGGAACCCCCCUCCCCUCCUUUUUUGAGGGGUGUUAUCCCUCCCUUCUCGCGCCCUCCGUUGCCACUGCUGCUGCUGUUGACUUCCUUCAUGCUGAGGAGGUCGGUGCUGCGUCGGCUCCUAGUGGGAGGUGCCGCAGCGGCAAAGGAAAGGGGGGUAAGGGUGGUGGGCGUGGCGUUGGCAAGAGUGGUGGCGGUGGCGGUAGAGGGGAUGGAGGAGGUGGUGGCGGCAGUGGAGGUGGGAGGGGUGGUGGAGGCAGUGGGGUGGGCAGAGGGGGCUCGGGUGGCGAUAGUGGUGGAGCUGGUAGGGUUGGAGGCUCUGGGGCGGCAUCCGGGGGUGUAG